UUAGCUUGUGGACAGUUCAUUUGCGCCGCCCAUCAUAUUUUGUCCUUUUUAACGGAGUCCACACUGUAUCCUUCUUCACGGUAGUUUAAUUUUACGAGUUUCGUCGUCGAAGUAACACUGCUGCUGACUUCACUUCCAGUAGUAAAUCUUUAGCUUCUACUUUUCAUCGUUUUAUGUGACACUGAAGGGAAGCAGAGUUUCUGAGGAAGUUUCUGUGGAAGUUUUUUAAAAGUUUUUUUUUUUAAACCAUGGCGUGUGAAGGAAAUGGUAUGUCCGAUGAGAGGAUAGGGGAAGCCCUGAUCAAAGACGUCAUAGAGGAGGAGCUGAAGGACAUACCCUCAGAAGACGUCCCACCCCUCACUCCACUGGCUGUGGAAGUAAAGACUGAGCAGGAGCAGAAGAUUGUGAACCAGCUGAGCAAAAUGAUCCGAAUCAUCGGUGACCGAGUACAGGGUGACAAGGAGUUCCAAGAUGCAAUAGAUGGGGUGGCACAAAGCUCCAGCUCCAAGUGGGAUAGAUUUAAGGAAGUGGCAAGCAAAGUGUUUGAACAUGGGAUCACCUGGGAGAGGAUUGCUGUGCUUUUCUAUGUCGCCGGCAGGUUGGCUGUCAGGCAGAUGGUAGAGGCUCAUCUUCCUCAGUCAGUGACAGACAUCCUGAGGUGGACUGUGGAUUUUUUCAGAAACAAUCUCCUGGGCUGGAUUCGGGAACAUGGAGGAUGGAUCAACAGUUUCUCAGAGCUAGCGGUCGCAUCCAUGCAGAGCAUGUCAUCCAUGAGCUCUCGCAUGUCCGGCCUCGUCAUCAUCUUCAUCGCCGGCCUGGGUCUUGGAAGCUUCAUCACCUGGAGACUGACCAGAUGACUCUGACCUCUGCAUACACACACACCAUAUUGUACGCCAUUAUUUGACAUGACCGUAAUAUGUUUACCAGAGGGUUAAUUGUUGUGCCCAGAUUGUGAUCACUUGUUGAUGAUUUAAAUGUGUCACACACACUCUACCAUUUUACUUUUCUCAUGUUAUCUAUGCAAAGCAUGAAAACUUGAAACAGUCAGAUAUUUCCACUGAAGAUGUACUGUAUCAUGUUGAAAAGAUAUUAUCCCCUCACAUAAUUAUGAAACAGAAAAUCCAAAAAUGAAACAAUACAACAGUAAGAGUUACCCAUCUGACCAUAUUGGCCAAUGAGAAACACCCUCUUUAUUUACUUUCAGUGGAAGUGAUGAGGGAACAAAUAGAUUUUUCUUUAAAACAUGCCAGUAGAAAUGUAACAUCUGCAUUCAGUGUUUGAAUAAUCAAGUCCAUUUACUAACAAGUACUGUCAUGAAACUAGAGGAAAAAAUUGUUAUUGUUAUUCAUGUGUUUUAUUUAAAGUCCCAUUGCUUUUAGUCCUUGGAAAAUGGUAGUUUAAGUAGGAAUUCCUUCAUAGAAUCCUUUCUGCAGGUUUAGUGUGACAGGUUUUACAGUUUAUUUGCACAAAUAAUAAUAAUUUUCUUAAUUCACAACCACCACCGAAAUGAUUUUUUUAAUCAUAACCGUGUCAUGACAUCAGUGGUUUCCUUCUCUGAGUGAAGAGUCUCGGCCUUUUUAAUGCCACAUCCUAAUACAUAGUAUACUAUACUAUGUACUUUAUGUAUAAGGAUGUGGCAUCAAAUGAAGAAAUAUUAAAGCUGUGACUCAGAAGUGUGACUCUGAGCAGUCACUGCCUUUUGCUUCAGUGGGGCAGAGAGGUCACUUUUCACCAAAGGAGACAAAAAUGUUAAAGUCUUUAUCUUUCAGAUUUGUAUUUUAAAUUGACAAAGAUUUGUAUUUUCCUCUCUGGCUCUGUUAUUGCAGUAGUGGAUAAUGUAUUAAAGGGCUUGUCUUCUUAUAA